CGCGACCAAAAGAGGCAGCAUAUCCGCCACCGUAACGCUGCCCCAGCACGGCCACACGCGGACGAGGCCAUCGAACGGUCAGCCGCACGCCAGGGGCUGCCCCACACGCAACAAUGGCCGCGGCAGCCGCCGAAGCGGACGCCAAAAUAAUGGCCGAGAAGUUACCAGAAGGAAACAUGAAGGUGCUGGUCGACGUCGGCGGCGCGGGCUUAAGUAGGAGACGCAUGGAGAUCCCCGUCGGCCCGGGCACGCAAUCGUUAAAAUGGCUUGGUUUGGUCGCGGCUCAGCGCCACGCUUUGCUCGCGAAGCACACGAAGACGGGGCGACGAUCAAAGCAAGGGGCGCAGCCCGACGAGGGCCAGGGCUUCUUCCUGCCCGAGGACAUGAUAGGGCCCGGUGGUCGUUUAGCGCCGACGUCUAUCAUUCGGGACGUGAUUCGGGAGGGCGACGUCAUCCAGGUCGACCUCCAAACAUCAGUAGAGCUCGACGAGAUCAACGCGCCGGUCCAGACGCCCUGGCAGGUCGCGGCCUUUGAGUGCGGCGCCGCGGGCGCGCAGCGGCGGCGCGGCAUUGAAAGUAGAGAGGCCAUCGCGGCGCACGAGGCGUCGAUCAAGGCCGAGGUCGACGCGCGGAUCGAGGGCGACGAGAGGUACCGAAGGGCCUACGCGGCGUCGGCGUUAGCGUUGAGACGGCACGUGCCGCCGCCCGGGACGGAUUAUCAUGUCGUCGUGGCGGGGCGGCUCGUGGACCAGGCGGACUUGGACGCGGCGCUCGACCUCGACUGGCCGGUUUUAGAAAGAGCUCUCUCGGACUUGAAAUGCCCCGUGUCGGGGACGGCCUCGGAGGCGUUCCGCGACGAUCUGCAGGAGGUUUAUGGGGAUCUGAACGCCGUCUUCUGCCUCUACGCGGGCCUGGGCCGCGUCGGCGCGCCGCACGGCGCGACGCCGCGGGACCUCGCGCACGUCGCGCACGCGUGCCGCCUCGCGCUCGUGCGCUACGGCGCCGAGGACCGGCGCGCGGACCGGGACCGCGUCCACCAGACCUUCGAGGGCGCGCGGCGCGGGCGCUUCGCCGAAGCGAAGGAAUGUGAUGAGGAGGAUGACGCGGCGACGGUCACGACGCCGGCGGCGCUGCUGUCGCGGGCCGAGUUCGUCGCGGCGCUGAUCGCGCUGGCGCGGUCCGCGGACCCCGGGGCGCCGACGCUGCUGGACGAAGCGCAAGGCGACGACGACGUCCACGGCGAGGGGCCCAAGAAAACGACGCGGCCGGCGCCGUCCUCGACCAUCGACGCGCUCGAGGUCCUGGCGACGCGCCACGUCGCGCCGCUGCUCGCGCGGCGGCGCGAAUCGGUAGUAGCGUGCUUCGACGGCGCGGCGAUCCAGGACGCGGUCUUCGAGCGCCAGGCGCCGCUGCGCCGGGCCUUCGACCACUACGCCGACGGCGACGGGAUGACCCUCGCCGGCUUCGGGUCCGUGGUCCGCGCGUCGAGCCUCGGCGAGCUCGUGCUCGCUGAUGAGGAGGAGGGCGACCGGGCCCUCGACGACCGCUGCCGCGCGGCGUUCCGGGGCGCGCAGGGCGCGCCGGCAGGCGUCCUGGCGCUCGACGCGCUCGUCUUCGGCGAGUUCCUCGAGGCGUACUGCGCCGCGGCCGCGGACCUGCUCGGGGCCGAGUCGUGCGAGCGGGGCAUGCUGCUCGGGCUGGACCUGCUCUGCGAUUUGAGCAUGAAGCUAUAG